AUGGCAGCUUCCCGCGGUUUCGGGUGGCCGCAGUCGUUGUGGUGGAGGUUGUGGCAGGUCUGGCAAGCGCCACAAAAUCCAGCCUCCGUCCUGGGCCUGGGAGCGAGGACUUAUACCCGGGUCGACACGCCAUACUCGCGCACGGCACUCUACGACCUGCUCGGCGUCCCCACCACAGCCACGCAGGCGCAAAUCAAGGCGGCCUACUACCGGCAGAGCUUCCUUUACCACCCCGACCGCAACAACGGGAGCGCCGAGGCUGCCGAGCGCUUCACGCGCAUCUCCCAGGCCUACGUGGUGCUGGGCAGUGCCACCCUCCGUCGCAAGUAUGACCGCGGUCUGCUUUGCGACGAGGACCUGCGCGGACCCGGCGUCCGGCCCUCCAAGACGCCCACAGCAGACGCUGGGUUUCCCCGUCCCCCGCCGGCCGCCCCUCGGGCCCAUGUCGGGGGUCGGGCCUCUCCCGGCGCCAACCGCACCAUGUUCAACUUCGACGCCUUCUACCAGGCUCACUACGGGGAACAACUGGAGCGCGAACGGCGCCUGAGGGCCCGGCGGGAGGCCCUUCGCAAGCAGCAGGAGGACCGGGCCAAGAAAGGCUUCCAGUGGGACGAGAUCAGAGACAUGACUUUCAUUUUCUUUCUCUUCACAAUCUUCACCGUCGUUGGCUUUCGUAUUUAAUCGGAGAGGGGCAGGAAGGGGAGCUGCCCCAGCCAGUGCCAAGAAAACGGCCUUUGCUGUCUAGGAACCGUUGGCCUGCCUUAGUCUACCUCUGCUGGGGUCGGAAGGAACUGCAUUCCUCGUCAUCCCCCACCUGCCCUGCUUAGCCGGCAAUCUGCACAUCCCUCCCCUUUGCCGAAGAAGCCCCAAGAUGAAGAAGCCCUAAGGUUCCGGAGUGAAGGGUUUUCUGGAAUCCCUUGGGUGCCUGCUUCCAGACGUUGCCUUCCUGACGUUGUCAAUUUCUAAAACACUUGCUCUAGCUCAAUUGCAAAGCCCUGAGCAAUAUUUAUCAGCUCCUGCCCCACAUUUGUACUGUGGGGCUCCUCUGUAACCUUGAAACGUGCAAUAUGACCAAUUGUUGCUGCCAAAAGAAAAAUUCUGGGGUUGUACAAAAAUUUGUCUUUCUGUGAGUUCCCCAGGCCACAGGUGAGAUCUCAUCCAGGGUGAGAAUGUGAUCUGUGGAAAGUUUGCCAUUCCUUUUUCGGAGAUCAUCCCCACAUUGCAUUCCCCCUUUUGAUGGUAGCAUGUGGGAGUGGGAAAACAAGAUUUUCGAGCAUAAGGAAUGAGUUCUUGUGCACAUAUUUAUCUAAUGUAUG